CAAGUUUGGCAAACCUGUCACUUGAAGUUGGUGGAAUUUUCAAAUGCAUAAAUUCAUGUUACCUGGUUGAUGGUACAUUUUGAAAAAAACUAGGACAAAGGGCACUGAAAUGUGUGCUUUCGUCAGGAUACCAAAAUCUGCUUUGGAAAUGCUGCUGUUUAAUGACAAGGUAAAUUCGAUUCAACUGAAGAAAAAGAUGAAGGAUUCAUACCGCUGCCUUAGAUAUUUUUUUAAUCUUAAUGAAACCUAGCCCAGCCCAGGCCUAGGUUUAGUCCUUUUUUUAAACUUUCACAUUUUCCCUUUAAAAAAUAGUCAACAGAUGACUGUAAAAUUUGAAAGAAAUAUGGAUUUGGUUAGUACAAGCCAAAUGAUCUCCUAGAAAAGUACCAAAAAAGAUCUAGAAUGUUCUGAGUUCCACAAAAUAAAACCAAUUUAGGGCCUACCCCAUACAAAGUCAUUGGUUGAACAUUCUGUCCAGCUUUGAAGAGCCCAACAUCAAAGUCAUUCAUGCGUGACCUCAUCAAUUUGCCCAGAGAAGAGUGACUUUGUUUGGGUGUUGAGAAGGGAUGUGAAGUGACAUCAGAAUGUUAAAUGUUGUAAAAACAUGCAUAAAUAGAGAAGGCACCUGAGAAAAAAAAAAAAAAGUGGUUGUGAACAUUCAAGAAGAAUUCCGACAAACUUUUCCCCUUCAACAGACAGAGUUAUUGAAUGUCCAUGGGCAAUAAAGAUGUCAUAAACAACGCUUUGUCCAAACCUUGGACAGACAUCACAGAGGACAUGGAGAACACUAACAGGAACACUACAGAGAAUCCUUCUAAGGCAAAGCAACAUAUUAGCGGUAAGGAUGAACGAGUCAUUCAGGGCACCGAGAAAAUGGAUACACAGCCAGGUGACCAGAAGUUUCAGUUAGGCUCAGUCCCCUUCUCCAAAGACAAAAGUGCAAGAACUCAGACCUUUGCUCGAAGACAGAAAGAUGAAGGUAACAGACUAAAAGGUGCCACAAGGCACCAACGGGGUUCUAAAGAAACUCAGAACCAAAAAUUAGAACGAGAGAAGGAGAUAGAGCUUCUCCAGAGUAAAGUCACCAGGCUUUCUAACUUGCUGGAGAAGGAAACAGGGAAGAAAAAGUCUGUCCUGGCAGAUCUUCAGAAGGAAAGAGAUUGGACAAAAAAGUUAGGUCAUGACUUGCAAAAAUACAAGGAUUCUUUUAAGCUUUCGGGGAAAGUUGGUCUUGUUAAAGAGGACAGAGAUAAUACAGAUACUGAGAGUGUCAAAUUGUCUGCCAAACAUCUAAAGUCUAAAGAUAAGGACACCCUGAUUGUCCAGCUGCAAAAGGAACAAACAAUGAGACAACAACUAGAAGAAGAGUUACAGAGGUGCAAAGAUUUCCUCCUGCAGGAAACUGAGUCUUCAGAGUCUGGGACAGAAGUUCUCCAUCAAAAUUUCAAAGACCUGGAAAAAAACAGGUCUGGGCUCAACAAGCUCAAGACGGAGCCAAAGCACUUGAAGGACCUUAAGGCUCAAAUUGUGGAGCUGGCUUCCAGGCUAGAGACUGAAACCAGAAUGAAUGAUUCCCUCUCUAAAGACAGACAGUCUCUCUCCACUGAGCUUCAAAAAUGCAAAGAUGCCCUGUUGGAGAGAUCUGAGGCCCCUGAUUCCAACACCAUGAAGGAGAACCUUUGUCAGAGAAUAAAAAAACUGGAGAAAGAAAAGUUUGAGCUGAACAACAAGCUGAAGGUUGAGCAGGAAGUGAACCAGACCCUCCACAGAGAGGCAGAGAGUCUUUUUGCAAGAGUCCAGACAGAAGAGAAGAAAAAUGGUGAUCUGGAAAGGUGGAUGAAGAGUGAAUCAGUAAAGCUUCAAAAAGAACGCAGGCAAAGACUAGAGCUGGACCUUCAGUUGGACAAACAGGCAGUCACUCACAAACGAGAGCUGGACACUCUGAAAGAGUCUAGCACUGAGCUUGACGUUCUUCAUCAGGAGGUGGAGGGUCUAAAAGCAACCAUUCUGAAGCUCUCCACCAAACUGGAGCUGGAGGAGGAGCUGAGUGAGAGCCUCCUUAUCUUAAAUGAGAGGCUUUUCUCUAGCCUGGAAACUGAGACCAAGAAGCUGGAGAAGGAGCAGAGCUGGAGACUUAAGCUGAGUGACAACCUGCAGAAACAGAAAGACGCUCAUCAUCAGGAGUUGGAGGCUCUGAGCGAAGAGCUUGAGAAGCUCAAGGUGGACAACACAGAGAUCCUGGAACAGCUACAGGUGGAGAAAGAAGCCGGGCACAAAAAGAGUCACACCUUUUUUGGACGUAGGAAGAAAACGAAAGAAACACAGGCAGAAGAUUUAGUGUCAAUGACGUCAACAACUAUGUCUCAAAGAGCCGGUGACUGAAACUAGCAUCGAGACAUGGUAUUUUUUGUUUUCUUUCUCCAAACAUCAACUAAAAUGUCGUUUCUGUGUUAUAUUUUCAUAAAACAUUUAUUUUGAAGUUUUUGUUAUUAAAAGUUUAUAUAUUUAAGAAAUUCAAGAGUUUUAAUUGCUUUUAAGCCCGUUUUUAUUUAACACUCCUAAAGGAAUGCUGAAUAUGCAAGUAAAAUACUAUCAAAAUGAAUAAAAAAUGACUCACUAACAAAAAAAGAAGCAAACAGAAGAACAACAAACUGUUACUCAUGUUACUGAAAACAAAAUAAUGUGCUCAAACCUGUCAAUAGUAUUUUAAAUGGCAUAAAACUAAUAUUAAAACACCUUGAGAAAGUGAACAUUUAAAUUACUUGUUAAGAAAUAACCUGGUUGCUUUUUUCCAUUCCAAUCUAGUUUCUGUAAUGAAACAAGACUUCAAGAAAAGAAACUGUUGUGCAAAACCAUAGUGGUAAUAUGAAUUUGACAUUACAAAAACAUAAGAGUGUGUCAAAAGUGUCUUUGUGUGUUUUCCCCAAAUUUAACCAAUAAAGCUUAACAAAAGUCAUCAUUUGUUUUAGUCAAUCUGUAACAUGACUUUGUAAAAUAUUUUUUAUAAUUUACAAAGUUUUUAGCCAUGGACAUGAAUUAAAGGUUUUACAACACCUGUUACAGUCAAUCCAGGUAAACCAUAUUUCGAUUUUUGUCAUUUUAAGUAAGUGGACAUAUUUUCGAUAAGUAAAAAUAAAUUUAAAAGUUCCAAAUAAUACAUGAAGUUGGCCAUUUUUCUCAUCAAUUUAUGAUUCACAAAAUUUAGGCUUAAAAAAACUAACUGGCCCAGCAGCACCUUAACACAGCACUUAUUUUAAGAAUAUUUUAAGUAGCGUUCUGAAAGAGCACCUCCGAUUCAUACCAUUUUUAACCUUAUUUCCUAUCCAAUAAUCACUGUGAACUGCACAACAUUCCCAGCAAUGUCCUCAACCU